AGGUCAAGUCCGCCAUAACGUCUGAAGGUGCAGAGACUUUGGAAAGCCAGCAUAGUCAUUGCUCGAGAACGGCAUUAUUUAACCCUGCUGGAGGGGGACAUAAUGUAAUUGGCGGUCAUCAGUGUUGAACUCUUAAGUUGUAGAUAUGAAACCUCUGUGUCAUCCCAUCACGCACAAAAGCAUGGCUGCAGCAGUUGUGCUCAUGAUUCUGGCUGCCUCCUAUUGCCAAGUCUUCUUGUCAACACCACCACGCAGCGUCUUCCAACGCUUCCCUCCAUCAGCUCAAAGUCAUCUAUGAUAGAUAAUCUAGUCGAUUCUCUUAUACCUUCAAUCUAGAAUACUACGACCUGAACUUAGGCAAUCAUUUUUCGUGCUUUGCCCUUCAGCUGCUCAAAAACCCUUAAUAAUACUCACUUUCAUCAGCGAUCGCACAAAUCCAUCACAAUGCCCCCCAAACUCUCCAAGACCGCCAAGCAAGGCUUGAUUCUCUCCCACAUCCGCUCCACACGCACCUGCCACACACUCAAAGAUCUCGAACACGUGCUCCCCUCCGUGGCCUCGAUCAAUGGGAUACAAGUGAAAGAAUACAUCCAAGAGCUCACUGAUGAGGGCAAGAUCCGCGUGGAGAAGAUCGGCAGCGGCAAUUGGUACUGGUGUUUUGGUGGGGAUGAGAAGAAGGAACGGGAGAGGCAGUUGACUCAGCUCCGAAAGGAUGUGGAGCGGGUCCAAGCCAACUGCAAGCGAGCCGAAGCGGAUUUGGCCGUGCGCAAGAAGAAGAGGGACAAAGAGGUUGCGGCGCUUGGGAAGCGUGGUGAGGCGGAAUGGGAGGCGCUGUUGGAAAAGAAGAAGGGUCUGGAGCUGGAGAGAAAUCGCCUGCUCGCUGAACGGAAGUCGGCUGAGACUACCGGGGAGGGGAAGGGGAUUGGGCAGAUGAGGGAGGAGAUUGACGAGUACCGCCAGCGGGCGCAGAUGUGGACGGACAAUAUCUACGUGCUGGAGGAGUACGUGAGGAAAAUAACUGGCGGAGAUCGCGAGAUAAUACAGGCAGUGCAAAGGGAGUGCUAUGGGGACGAAUAUGUGGAGGGGGAGGGAUUGCGCGAAUUGUUAAUAUAACUCGCUGCC